UAUAUGAGAAACGAAGCUCCUGAGCAAGGAACCCCGAGACGGGAAUAUUCACGUGAUUACAAUCUACAGCGACCAUUGGCUGCAGGAGAAGGAUAGGGCGUUCCGACGACGGCGGCGUGGGUUUGCCUGGAUGACACAAUUACAACAACUUUGAGCUGGUGGUUGGGGGAAGUUUGUGAUAUUACCAAAUAACACCCCGUUUUAAAACCCUGCUUCAACGGCACUCUAUGCAUCACAUGGAAUAGGUUGCAUAUUACUAUUUAGUAUAAAACAAUGUAAAAGACCGUCCGGAGGGCUUGUUUUCUUUAAGGAUUUGGCAACAAUUCUUUCACAUUUUUAAUCCUGGGGGAAAGUUGCUUUUCCCAAAUAUAUUUUUCGGUUGCUUUUUACAUUUGGUGGAGUUCCUCAUUUGCUCCUCCAUUGCGUUUCCAUGAAAUCGUGCGGAGUGUCGCUCGCCGCUGCUGCCUGCGCCGCUGCUCGAAGUCUCGGCGCUGCUGGUGAUGAGGAAAAGAAAAUGGCGGCGGGAAAAGCGAGUGAAACCGAAGAGGACUUUCCGAGGCUGACAACGCAGGAGAGGAGCAGCCUGGCCGGAAUAGACAGCCGACUGUUUGGAUUUCAGAGGCUUCAUGAAGAUGGCGCCAGAACGAAGGCCUUGCUGUUAAAGGCUGUUCGCUGCUACGAUGCUCUCAUCUUGAAAGCUGAAGGAAAGGUUGAGCCAGAGUUGUUUUGCCAGCUAGGUCACUUCAACCUCCUCCUGGAGGAUUACCCAAAAGCAUUAUCAGCAUACCAGAGGUACUACAGUUUACAGUCUGACUACUGGAAGAAUGCUGCCUUUUUGUAUGGCCUUGGGAUGGUUUACUUCCAUUACAAUGCAUUUCAGUGGCCAGUGCAGCCCUCCUCUACUGAUGCCCACUCUGGACAGAGAAGGGCGAUAAAAGCGUUUCAGGAGGUGCUUUAUAUCGACCCCAGCUUCUCCCGGGCCAAGGAGAUCCACCUGCGGCUCGGUGUGAUGUUCAAGGUUAUCACAGACUACGAGUCAAGCCUAAAGCAUUUUCAGCUGGCUUUGAUUGACUCAACCCCCUGCACUUUGUCAAAAGCUGAAAUUCAGUUUCACAUCGCUCAUUUGUAUGAAAUUCAGAAGAAGUACCGCGCCGCCAAAGAGGCGUACGAGGCGCUUCUGCAGACGGAGAACCUUCCGGCGCAGGUGAAGGCAACCACCCUGCAACAGUUAGGCUGGAUGCAUCACACGGUGGAUCAGUUGGGAGAUAAAGCCAACAAGGACAGCUACGCUAUACAGUGUCUGCAGAAGUCACUAGAAGCAGACCCCAACUCUGGACAGUCCUGGUACUUCCUUGGCAGGUGCUACUCAAGUAUUGGGAAGGUCCAGGAUGCCUUCAUUUCCUACAGGCAGUCUAUUGACAAAUCAGAAGCCAGCGCGGACACAUGGUGUUCAAUAGGUGUGUUGUAUCAGCAGCAGAACCAGCCCAUGGACGCCCUGCAGGCGUACAUCUGCGCGGUUCAGCUGGACCACGGCCACGCGGCAGCCUGGAUGGACCUGGGCACGCUCUACGAGUCCUGCAGCCAGCCUCAGGACGCCAUCAAAUGCUACAUCAACGCCACCCGCAGCAAGUCCUGCACCAACGGCGCCGCGCUCGCCACCCGCAUCAAAUGCCUGCAGGCUCAGUUGUGUAACCUUCAACAAACUAGUCUACCGAGUAAAAGUAAAAUGCUUCCUAGUAUUGAGGAGGCAUGGAGCCUACCAAUCCCAGCAGAACUUACCUCCAGGCAGGGCGCCCAGAACUCAGCACUGCAGGCCUGCAAACCCAGUCAGAGUAGUGAAGGGGGGGGCCUGGGCCAGCCGCCGAUGCCGCCGCACUCGCUGCCUGUGCACGGGGGCCCAUCGGGCCAGGCCGACGACCAGUCCAGCCCAGCCAAGAGGAAGCGCACGUCCAGCCCAGCCAAGAGUUCUACAGAUUCCUGGGCAAACAAUAGUACUGUGCAACAGCAGGUCCCUAACUGGUACUUGACACCACAGAAACUACAGCUCCUGGAUCAGCUACGGACAAACAGGGCGAGCCUGAAGCCAAUGCAGGUGCAGAUGCUUGAGCAGCUGGAGAGCCAGUUUGCUCACAUGCAGCAGCACCAGCAGCAGAUGAGACAAAACGCGGCUGGACUGGUGCGACCCACCAUUCCCAACGGCCCCACACCCAGCUCCACACUGCCUACAAACCCCCUGCCUCCCGCUCAGCACCCCCACACCCCGCCACAGCCAGUCCGGCCCCCCUGCACCGGCCAGCCAAUGGCCAACGGACCUUUUCCGGCCAGCUCCGCCCCCUGCAGCACAGCUGGGAAGCCGGGUAACGCAGACACUAUUUCUGUAGGCAAUAAUCACACGACAGGAAUGGGAAGCAACGGAAACGUGCCUUACCUGCAGCUAAACGCACUACCUCACAACUGCACAACCCCGACCAGCAGCAGCGGCAGCGCUGAGGAGCUGUGGAAAAACCAACACGCUAACUCCACUCAGGGGCUUCACAAAGGUCCAGGUUCGCAUUCGGCAGGUCCCAAUGGCGAAUGGCCUUUCUCUUCCACUGGGACUUCCGCCCAGCCUUUCCAGGCAGCUGGAACCAGUAUUCAAAAUCAGGUCGGACAUUCCACCGCGCCUAGCGAUUCGUUACCGCAGGGGGCCGCUCUCAAUCACCUGUCCUCUCCUCCUCCUCCUCCUCCUCCUCACACUGCUACCUCAGGUGGACAGCAAGGCAUUACCUUAACCAAAGAGAGCAGGCCUUCAGGAAACUGCGCCGCUCCGCCGGGGCCUGAGGGCAGCAGGCAUUCCGGAGGGACGCCUAACAGCACUGCCGCUGUAGAGGGACUCCCUAAUCACGUCCAUCGGGCGACGGCAGAUGCUCUCGCCAGCCCCAGCCGCGCGGACUGCAGGUCACCAGGUGUACUUAGUUCAGACAAUCCUCAGCUCUCCGCCUUGUUGGGCGGGGGGAAAGCCAACAGCGGCGGCGGCGGCGCUGCUAGCGGGACGCCCGCCAAGGUCAACAACGUUCACCCGGCCCUGCACGGCCCAAAGACUCACGAGAGCUCGGCGGCCUCCUCGCCCGUCUCAGCCAUGUCCACCGCGACGCCGUCCCCCAAGUCCACGGAGCAGGCCGGGCCCCACAGCCCCCAGGCCGGCCCGGGGUCGGGCCCGGGCCCCACGGUCAACGGCACGGGGCCCGAGGACUCUCAGAGCCCCCUGAAGGCGGACCCGCCCGCCGUCCACGUCCACAAGCCGGGGCCCCUCCCCCUGGCGUCCUGGUCCUCCGUGUCGAUCUACCCCAGCUCGGCGGACGUGCUCAAAGCGUGCAGAAAUCUGGGAAAGAAUGGUCUAUCUAACAGUAGCAUCUUUUUGGACAAGUGUCCCCCUCCGCGACUCCCUGCCCCCCCCUUCCCCACACUGCCAAAGGACAAGUUGAACCCCCCCACCCCCAGCAUUUAUCUGGAGAACAAGAGAGACGCUUUCUUUCCACCUCUGCACCAGUUCUGCACAAACCCGGCCAACCCUGUCACAGUGAUCCGGGGACUGGCAGGAGCACUCAAACUGGAUUUGGGGCUGUUCUCCACCAAGACCCUGGUGGAGGCCAACCCGGAGCACCUGGUGGAGGUGCGGACCCAGAUGUCCCAGCCCACGGACGAGAACUGGGACCCGUCGGGGACCAGGAAGAUGUGGCGCUGCGAGAGCAGCCGCUCGCACACCACCAUCGCCAAAUACGCGCAGUACCAGGCGUCCUCCUUCCAGGAGUCGCUGCGGGAGGAGAACGAAAAGAAGGGGCAGAAAGAGCACUCGGAUAAUGAAUCCACAUCCCCAGAGAAUGUUGCCCGAAGAAGGAGAGGUCCAUUUAAACACAUCAAGUUUGGAACGAACAUAGACCUAUCAGACGAGAGGAAAUGGAAGCUGCAGUUGCAUGAGCUGAGUAAGCUCCCAGCCUUCGCUCGCGUGGUGUCUGCUGGGAACCUGCUGAGUCACGUGGGCCACACCAUCCUGGGGAUGAACACCGUGCAGCUCUACAUGAAGGUGCCCGGCAGCAGAACACCAGGCCACCAAGAAAACAACAACUUCUGCUCGGUUAACAUCAACAUCGGACCAGGGGACUGUGAAUGGUUUGCCGUGCCAGAGCUGUACUGGGGCGUCAUGAACGAUUUCUGUGAAAAGAAUAAUAUCAAUUUCCUGAUGGGUUCGUGGUGGCCCAACCUGGAGGACCUGUACGAGGCCAACGUGCCCGUUUACCGGUUCAUCCAGCGGCCGGGGGACCUGGUGUGGAUCAACACGGGCACGGUGCACUGGGUGCAGGCCAUCGGCUGGUGCAACAACAUCGCCUGGAACGUGGGCCCGCUAACAGCGCACCAGUACAAGCUGGCGGUGGAGCGGUACGAGUGGAACAAGCUGCAGAAUGUCAAAUCCAUCGUGCCCAUGAUCCACCUCUCAUGGAACAUGGCCAGGAACAUCAAGGUUUCCGACCACAAGCUCUUUGAAAUGAUCAAGUUCUGCUUGUUGAGGACCCUGAAGCAGUUCCAGAUGCUGAAGGAGGCUCUCCUGGGCGUGGGCAAGGAGGUGGUCUGGCACGGGAGGGCCAAAGAUGAGCCCGCUCACUACUGCAGCAUCUGCGAGGUGGAGGUCUUCAACCUGCUGUUCGUCACGAGCGAGAGCAACUCCCGCAAGACCUACGUGGUGCACUGCCAGGGCUGCGCCCGCAAGGCCAGUGCCGACCUGGAGAGCUUCGUGGUGCUGGAGCAGUACAGGCUGGAGGACCUGAUGCAGGUCUACGACCAGUUCACAUUAGUAAGUUCCCCCGUGGUGCUGGAGCAGUACAGGCUGGAGGACCUGAUGCAGGUCUACGACCAGUUCACAUUAGUAAGUUCCCCCGUGGUGCUGGAGCAGUACAGGCUGGAGGACCUGAUGCAGGUCUACGACCAGUUCACAUUAGUAAGUUCCCCCGUGGUGCUGGAGCAGU